UUGACAACAUUAGCAUUAAUAACCAUAGAUACCAGCAUGCAUAUCUUCACCUUCCUGGCACUCGCUGUUGCCAUGGCAACUAGGUCCAUGGGCGGCUAUGUCAAUGAAUGGGACCAGCCGUUUGACUUCAAGUGUCCCCUGGGUCAGGCCAUCAGCUACGUCUCCAGCGUCCACAACAACCACUACGAGGACAGGCGGUGGGAGUUCCAUUGCCGGUCCGUGGGGUCAACCGGUGCAUGUGAGGACAGUGGUUAUGUAAACGAGUUUGACCAACAACUCACGUACGUCUGUCCACUUAACAAGGCCAUCACCGGGGUCGCCAGUUACCAUGACAACCACUACGAAGACCGCCGGUUCCGAUUCCAGUGCUGUAGCGUCAACGACAGAAACUUGACCGGAUGUUACAUCACGGGUGACGUCAACACGUGGGACGGGAAGCUCACACUUUUCGUCCCCGACGGUAAGGUGGUCAACGGUGCCUUCAGCACCCACAAUAAUUACUACGAGGACCGUCUGUGGAGAUUCAACAUUUGCAACAUUUAAAACAGCAAAUAAUGAUCCAACAUUUGCAACAUAUGAAUCAGCCUAUAUGAGAUUCAACAUUUGCAGCAUUUAAAAAGCCUAUGAUGAUCCAACAUUUGCAACAUUGAAACUUCAUUUAUACUUUGAAUUAUGUAUUCUUUAUCUGCCGUUCAUCUUCUAUUAUUAACUAUAUGUAUUUGUUGUUAGUUAAAACUUUUUUUGUCAUCGUGAUUUUUAUAAUAUUUCAAACUAAG